AUGAGCCAGCUUUUGUUGUUGGAGAGGACUGCUGCUGAGUGGCUUCGUAAUAACACACACUUGUUGCCAACGGAUGAAAAGAAUGCCACAAUCCAGAUCCUUCCUCGAGAAAUGUUGAACACUACCCGGAUCCCCAGCGACCCGGUUUCUAUGACUGAGAAUGCAACAAAUGAAGGUGAUAUUCCCAUAUCUAACUCCGAAGAUGGAAACUCAAUGAAGACUAUUCCUCUGCCUAGGAUAAAAAAGAAGACACGUCCUUCUACGGAUAACGGUCGUCCAGGGCAGGAGCAUAUGGCACAGUCAGAGGAUCCGAAAAGAGGAGUGCAGGACGAAGAAAAACCACAGCAGGAUAUCGGCAUCCCGAAGGGCACGGAGAACCAGGUAGCACAGAAACCUGGAGAAACUGUGCAAGAUAGCAUACCCAGCCUCCGCGAUAAUGAAAUGAAUACGGAGGGCGCACAAGAGGCAGCUCGGACAACCGAGCCAAACGAGAAUCGAGGGGAGCUCAACAACAACAAACCAAAAGACGUACCCUCACAGCAGCAACUGUUAUCGAGUGCUGCAUUAAUACAAGGCCUCUUACAGGGUUUAAGACAAUUUCUGUGGAACCGUGAAGCGGCUGUUGUGCCACCCCAAUCACCCGAAGAGAAGAGCGCUCAUCCUGAGAACUCAGCUGCUUUACAGCUGACUGGAGGAGGCCAGUCGUCGAAGACGGAACAAGACAGGGGAUUGGUUGAGAACGGGGGACCACCAGAACAGGGGAAAAGUCAGGCUCUACACGAAUUAGAAUUACUCAAGUCCGCCCGGAAGAGGCGCAAUCAAAAAGGUGCUGCAGUAGUAGCGAGAAGGUGUGCCGGCAAAGCUUCCAUACCGGAUGCAGACGUCGUCGAACUCGACGCAUGUCCCUUCGAUGAUGAGGCUUACGACUUUCUUAACAAAGCCCAACGCAUGAACCAGUCGUCCCCUGUAACUCCAACAGAGAGGAGCUUCCGGGGCCGCAGCAGGCAACAGCAGGACAGCCACACGGACAAUCCGCCGUGUGUGCUGUGGAGGCAAGGCUGCCUUCUGUGUGGAUGCUUCUCUGGGGAGGUUAUUUGUUCCUCUUAUUGCGUACUAGGGGCUUUUGCAUACGGGGCGAAACCGGUUCUAGUGGUCGGGGAUUCAACUCAUGAAGAGGAUAGCGCAGCGGAAUCUGCGCCAGGCCCGGGCGGUUCGAGUUGCUGCUUAAUGGAUAAACGAGAAGCCAAAAGUCUUCCUGCACUGUUCGCGUCUACGCCCGCCAUUCUCCGUUCGAAUCCAUACGGGCUGUGGGACGACGGCACAAAGCCACGGAAAAGGGGAGACCAGUCGACCGGUUCGGAGGAAAAGGACAGCGACCAAAAUUCGCAUGAUUAUGGAGAGGACGGCUCAGAGGCCCCAUCGGACACGUCAACAACAACCUCAAGACAAGAAGAAGAUACAGGAACGUCUGGCGGGACGAGAGAUACAGACAGCGAAAAGCACAAGCGAACUCGGAGAGGUGAAAGCGAGGCUGUUGAGGAUCACGAUGAUAAAGGGUCUCGUGAUGGUAGGAGGCAUAACUCGACAGAACCUAUUGCCGCAGAGGGGGGGCACAAGAGUUCUCAUGUCCCCUUUUCCAGAGAAGGCAAACAACAUGCGGACGACAACCUUGAAGGCGACGGCUCGGAGCAGUCUGCAGUUCCCUCACUCAUUGAGGACGCACUCCGUAAUUCUCUGUCCCCGAUUGGUGAAGUUACCAGAAUUGCAAUUGAGGCAGCUACAAGAGUGGCUAUGGAAGCCGCUGCGAAGGCAGCGGUUGAGUCAGCAAUCAGAAUGGUAUCUGGCGGUUCCACCCACCCCCCAACGGAAGCCGUUCAUAAAGAUGGAACAGAUGACGGAAAGCAUCAGGGAACUGACGAAAGUCGGCAGACAUAUGGUAGUCAACAUGCCCAAGGCGGUCAAGAAGCUAGCAGCACCCCCGAAUCUCCUACAUCUAGUCAGGGAGCUUCCAUGGCUCCCCCCAUAUCGGCUGCCAUGCUGUCCAGCUACCAAGAGCAGCUCGUGGGUGUGGCGGGGAACGCAGCGUUAAGGGAUGCAAUGGCAGCAGUGAUCGCCAGAGAAAUCGUUCAGUCAAGCGGCGUGGCCAUUCCUGCCGGUAGUGGCCAGUCUCAAGCAGGAACAGCUGGUGGCUUUUUCAUGCCGCCGUCCGCGCAGCAGGUUGCGAGCUUUACAUCUGGUCAACCUCCAGUGCCACUGAUAGGCACUGGAUCGCCUGCUGGCAGGGAAACUGCACCGCAAUCAGGGAGCAGCAAUGUCGGUGACGUAUAUGGGGGACCUCCCGCUAUGUGUCCUUCUGACUGCGAAAUAUAUUUUGAUGGAUGCACGAGUUGCAGGUGUACAGAUGAAGGCGCAAUUUGCAGGUACCGAUGGUGCGCUAAAAUUGUCUCCGCUCCCACGUGCUUGAAAAGUAAGGAUAUUCGUUCAGCAGUAACAACACAGUAG